GAGCUGCCUUUCAAUGUCACCCAUCAAUGCCAGUCAGUGCCACCUAUCCAUGCCAAUCAGUGCCACCUAUCAGUGCCAGUCAGUGUUGCCUAUCAGUGCGCGUCAUCAGUGCUGCCAAACAGUGCCAGUCAGUGCCGCCUAACAGUGCCAGUCAGUGAUGGCUAACAGUGCCAGUCAGUGCCGCCUAUCAGUGCCAUAUAUCAGUGACAUGUAUCAGUGCUGCCUGUCAAUGCCCAUCAGUGCAACCUACCAGUGCCUCUUCAUCAGUG